UUCAAUCUCCUCCACGGUCUCAAACAACCGCUCGGACGUGUUGGGGAUCAAAUUGCGUCAGUCGGCUGCUGCUUUCCAGUUCAGGGUGUACCCCGCCUCCUGCCCGAUGACAGCUGGGAUAGGCUCCAGCACGCCCGUGACCCUAGUGAGGAGAAGCGGCUCAGAAAAUGGAUGGAUGGAUGGAUGGAUGAUGAUAACACCAAUAACACCAUUUAUUUUGCUGUCCGCUACUACAUUUUGGACACCUAACGUGCCUUUUACUGUGUCGUGACACACACCCAGUCGUCUUAGUCCUGUCAUGCUAGGCAUGACAUCCAUGGACCCUCAGGUGUGCCCGCCCCCGCUUAGUAGCAACCAGUCAUUGAUAUCAUGCCUUGACAAAUCCCCAGCCAGCGCAUACAAACCUGGCCACUCCAGGAGCAGCAGCACUGGCUCCUCCAAACAUUCAAAGCAGUCUCGUAACUGGGAAGUGAUGGAGGACUUGCAGAAUCUGGAACAGAAUUCUGUUCCUGGCACCUCCCUGGAUUUAAGUAUUCCUGGGAUAUGUGAGGGCUUUUUGAUGAAGAGGAGGAAAUACCCACUAAAGGGCUGGCACAAGAGAUACUUCAUGUUAGAGAAGGGAAUUCUAAAGUAUUCAAAGACACAGCAGGAUAUCCAAAGAGGAAAAGUUCGUGGCUCGUUGGAUGUUAGUCUGGCCGUUAUGUCUGUUAAUAAAAACUCUAAACGUAUCGACUUGGAUGCUGGAGACAAUCUCUACCACCUUAUGGCCAAGAGCCAUGAAUUGUAUUACAUUUGGUUGACCAAGCUGUGUGCCCAUCGUGUAUUUCGCAAAAACGAGGCUAUGAGCGUCCAACGUGGAGUGCUUCACGCCAUCUCUCUCGGCCACAGUUCUCUGCCAGCUAUGACCAAUCUGGCCCAGAAAAAAAGAACUUCUCUGCCCUUCUAUGCCAGCUCAGCAUCAGUGUUCCAAACUGAGAUGGGAAGCCCAUCCCUUCCUAUUACCUCCCAUCCAGCGGUGACCAACAAGGUGUCAGCCUGGCUGCAGCAGACAAAUGACAUUGAUGCAACUUCCAAUGACUUGUCUCGUUGUCAGACAGACCUGACAGAACUGGCCCAUCUCAUUCAGCGACUCCAUUGGCUGGAAGGAGGCUUCCCAAUCACUGACACAGACCUGGAGAUGCGCAUCAGCAUGCAGAAUCUUUUCUUGGAGAAACCCAAGAAGAAGACUGGAAAAAUGUUUGGUCACUCCAGAACGUUGUCCCGUGUGGAAGCUAUGGGAGGAGUUUUCCCUUCCAGCCACUUUAGUAACAAUUUUAGGUCUGUUCAAUCUAUCCCGGACUAUGUCUACUCGCAGCUGUCUAAUCCUCAAGUCACCUCACCAGAGGCUAAGAAACUCCAACAGGACAUCUGCAUAGUUUCGCAGAAGGUUUUUACCUCGCUCAAGUCUGUUCAUGAAGUUUUGACCUUGGAGAGAGAACGACUUAGACAGGCCUGGACUGACCCUGAUCUGAGGCAGGACGCCUCAGAACAGCUCGCUACCCUGUGCAGCACACUGUCAGAGCUUGACAUACAGUCUCAUCUGACCAAAAUCCAUUCAUUCUCCCUGUCCUCGGAAUCUACUGAGGAAUCCUUCUGCACUGUCCAAGCAGACCAGGGGACACCGUCUUUGAGUCACAGUCAACGUGCACCCUCUGUGGCUGAUUCCAUGGCAGAGUAUUUUGAUGCCAGUGAAGUGAUCAUAUGCGAGAGCUCCUCUGAAGCAGACUGUUCAGAUGAGUCCGGUCUGAGUGACAUCACCACCACAAGCACAUCAGAGCCUGAUGAAGGACAUGCCACUGCCGCCCUCAAAUACCGAGCCAGUCUAAAGAGUGCAACUGACAAACCCAGACCGGUGUCUGACACAGGUCGUCGCACUCGUAUCCCUGCCCCAGGAACAGACAACAGCCACAUUGGCAUCAUGAACAUCCUGUAUAACAACAUUGGCAAGGAUCUUUCGAGGGUCUCUAUGCCUGUUGCACUCAAUGAACCUCUGUCUUUGCUGCAAAGAAUGUCAGAAGAGCUAGAGUACUCUGAGCUGCUUGACAUUGCUAAUCAUACCGAUGAUCCAUACGAGAGAAUGGUAUUUGUUGCGGCGUUCUCGAUUUCUGGAUAUGCGUGGGCAUCCUGGAGGUAUCGCUACAAACCCUUCAAUCCUGUUCUUGGAGAAACAUAUGAGAGUCACAGAGAAGACAGAGGCUUCCGCUAUAUGAGCGAGCAGGUUAGUCAUCAUCCACCCAUUUCUGCCUGCCAUGCAGAGUCUACAAACUUCACCUUCUGGCAAGAUCAAAGAUGGAAGAACAAGUUUUGGGGGAAGUCAGUGGAGAUCCUCUCGAGUGGACCGGUCCAUGUUACCUUACCCAGGUAUGGCGAUCACUACGAAUGGAACAAGGCAGUUACUUGCAUUCACAAUGUGCUGAGUCAGCAACGCUGGUUGGAGCACUAUGGGGAGGUGGUCAUCAGAAACAAAGAGAACAAUGUUUGCACCUGCAAGAUAACGUUUGUCAAGUCUCGGUACUGGACCUCCGACAGCAGUAAAAAUGGGGUUCAGGGUGUGGUUUUGGACCAGGCUGGAGAGGUUGUCCAUCGUUUUGGAGGGUUCUGGCACGAAGGCAUCUUCUGUGACACACUGCCGACUCCCAAGUGCAUUUGGAAGCCAAAUGUGCAGCCUGAUGACCAUUUCCAGUACUAUGGAUUCUCACGCUAUGCCAGGGAGCUAAAUGAACUUAAACCUGAAUUGAAAGCUGCCCUUCCACCAACAGACACACGUUUUAGACCAGACCAGAGGCUCUUAGAGGAGGGAAAGGUAGCAGAGGCGGAUAAAAAGAAGGAUGAGGUAGAGGAGAAACAGAGGGAGAGGAGGAAGGAGAUGGCCAAGCAAGGGAAGGAGCACAUCGUAAGGUUCUUCAGGAAAGAAAUCGAUGAGGCUGGCCAAGAGAAGUGGCUAUACAAUGGAAAUUACUGGAAUCUCCGUAAAGAACCAGGGUUUGCUCAUACUGAGAAUCUAGACCUGUGGUAGAACAUACAUUGGGCUUAGUUCUCAGCUUUAUGAACUGGAUGAAAUUCACAACUCUUUUUGUAAAAAUAGCUUUACACCCACCUAAAGUAUACAUGAAUAUACUAUAGAACGCUGCUACUGUCAGGACGGAGAGGCUGAGGAAGUUUGAAAGCAUACAUGAACCUCUGUUUUUGGUUUUUGUUUUUGACCACAAGGGAUGAAGUGCCAUCUGUAGAACAAAUGAAGACAUUUUUAAUGAAGUCUGAUGUUUAAACCCCACCUUGUUGCCUACCUCCUUAGAUAAUCCUUAGAGCACUGAAAUUUCCUUGAUUCCAAAGUUUACGUUUCAUACCAUUUUAGUAUUUUAGGUAAAAAAAAAUUGUGGGUAAAAGUUAUUUUCUAUAAAUGUUUGAAUUAAGAUGUCUAGCCAAAAUUAUUUACCAGUAUAUUUCAUUUAACAUCUUUUGUCGAAUCAAGUCCUAAAUAUUAAAAUCCUAUUUCCUGUCAUUUUUAUUUUUGGGCUAGGUGUGUGGGAAGUUUUACACGUGCACUAGGGCUGUCUUACUUCCAGUGGGUCAUACUGGAUUUGUUAAAUACUAGUUGCACAUUCGAUUUUAACAUUGUCACAAAGGUCCCUUGUAAAUGUAGCACUAUUCCUUGCUGUUCUCACUCACUCCAAAGAUUAAUAUCCAAAUUUAUGAUUUGAGAUGUGAGAAUAUAAUCUCUUAGACCUUCAGAUUUUCACUUGUAUUUUUAAAUUACGUUUCAGUCAUAGCUCGUAAAGGACAAUACUGUUAAACGCAGUCACAUUUUCUUCUGACUCUUUAGCUUGUAAUGAAAUGUUUGAUCUUCAGCUGUAUUUUACUUCUUGAUUUUAAUGAAUUAAAUGAAUCUCUAUUCCA